AUGAUAAAAGAUCCUCCAGAGGCUGGAUGCACAGAGCUGAGACCAUGUGCCAUUUGUGGGAGAACGUUCCGGCCGGACGCUUUGAUCAGGCACCAGAAUGUAUGCGAAAAGAAUGCUGUAAAAAAGAGAAAAGUGUUCGAUUCUUCGAAACAGAGGGCUCCAGAGGAAGCGCAGAAGAUUCAAACAAGAACAAAGCCCCAGCCAAAACAAGUCCCUUCAAAAAACGAGGUAAGUAAGAACGAAUCGAAACAGAAGAAGAGCAACUGGCGAGAGAAACACGAAGAACUGAUCCAAACCAUACAGAGGGCUCGAGGCAAAGACGAUGGGAAAGACAAAGCGACGUCUGGCGAAGGCCCUGCCCAGAAGAAAGUGCCUUCAGAUUACGUCCAAUGCCCGUCUUGCCAGCGACAUUUUAACCAGCGAGCUGCAGAACGCCACAUUCCCUGGUGCCAGCAGAAGAAAAACUCUCAGCCGUCCAAGUCUCCUCAGCCCAUGGUUGAAGCUAAAGAGAAACUUAUUGCCCGAGUGAGGUAUCGGCCACCUCAAGGAAAAGCUCGCAUUCUGCAUCGCAAAAUGAAAACGGCCCACUCGUCACCUAAUCUGAAUUUAGUUUCAGAGAGACAACAAGAGGGACCUCGCUCUUCUCCACCCACUUUGCUGGACAAGCGGAAUAACACAAGAAACGCCACACUGGACAGAGUCAACAACAACGUGCCUCAGAAAACCCAUUACAGGAGAAGUGGCAGUCGUAGUCGUGAAAAAGAGCAGACGAUUACUUUGGAUUUACCUCAACAUAUUAUAAAAUUCAAAGAAAAAUUUCCCAAUCAUAUUUACAAAAGGAAUGUCGACUUAGAAGACUCAUUGACGUCUGAGCAAUUACGGGAGCUUUUGAGCUGCAGCCGGAUCACAGACAGGUGUCCGAAGACAGUUCCUGGAGUUCGAUUAUCUGGGGGACACAGCGAGAGAAGCAGAAAUGACAACUGGAAUUACAGGAGUACAGAUGUCAGCAGAUCAGCUUCCAGCAGUGGUGGCUCAACGAAUGGCUGGAACAAAAGGCUGACGGACCCACGUACUUUGCCAGAGGUUUCAAGCAGCGAGCUGCCUGGUACCUGGGCGUCCACAAAGCUGGGCUGGACUGGGGACCUGGAUCAAUCCAUGAGCAGCAGUGGAAGUAGCAGUGGCGGUUCCUUGCCACCACUGAGCAGGGAGAGCAAUUCUGGGGGAGAGACCAGUCCUCCAGUUGCCUUCUACUGCCAUCAGUGCAACAGCAAGUUCCCACUUAUUGCAGCAAAGUACUGUUGUGAGUGUGGAGCCAGAAGGAGGGGCACUGGAAGUGUAUGCAUUAACCAGACAGGCUGAUCAGGACCAUGCUAAUGUCACAUUGGACAGUAGCAAUGACAGUGGUACUUUGAUGAGAGUUUGAACUCAUAACGGACAAAAAGAAAAAGAUAGUGCCGCUAUUGAUACUUCAAGAUGCGCUUAAUUUUUAUGGGAGCUCAUGAGAACUUUGCUGUAGUACUUCUUUUCAAUUUUCUGCGGAUUUUUAUGCAUUAGACAGAAUUCCGCCUAAGACUACAGAACUCCCACAUAUUUUUUGUUAUUAGAAAUUCAUAACUGACUCCAAGUAUACAGAAUUUGAAAAUUUCCAUCAAGUUUAAAAGAAUGGAAUGAGUUCUAAUAACUGAUGCUAAGUGAUUUUUAACCCAAUACACAAAAUGUUUUUUUUCUAAAAAUCCUCCAAAAGCCAAAACUAGUAACGAAAAAGAAAUCUGAACGCCCUACACUGAUGAACGUAAAAUCAAAAUAUCUUUUGUGACUUUUCAGACUUUGAAAAUGAAAAAUUACAUUAUUCAUCUUGUUUAUACACCCCUCAUACCAACCGAAAGUAAGUAUGAAAGAAUUGAGUUAUGCAAGAAUGCUGAUGAGCAGGAGUCGACACCAUGCAAGGAAAUCUGUGAGCAGGAAUGCUGUGGUGAAGAAAUGGCACUGUGCAAAAGAGUCUAAGUGACAUUGGCAACAAAGAAAUGUAAUUACAGUUAUCAGUAUACAAUGAAUAUUGAAGUUUAUUUACGAUUUUUUUUUCACAGCAUGUCAAAUUAUUCUACUUAGUACAUAAAGUUUUAAAAAAGCCAAACAAUUACAGUCCGAACUGUAACAGGAAAAAAAUAAGACUAAAAGUGGAAGUGAUAUUGGCUCUGCAUCAUAUAAAUACAAAAGGGGGAAAAAUCUGUCCUUUAAAUUUGAUGACUGAUUUUAAAAAUCAUAGUUAGUAUUAGGACUAUGUCAUAAAGUGAAAUUCCAUAACAAUGAACUUCAAGGCACAACAAAUUUUGUCGGUAAUGGGAAUUUUGCUGUAAUAGAAUGCAAACAAUGUAGAUUAAAUUAAAUUGGGACAGCAAAUUUAUUUUAAUGAAACAGAUAUUUCGUAGUACUGGUAUUCAUAGUAACCGUAGUUCACUGUAUAGGUAAAUAUUAUUAAAUACAAUUACAUCCUUACCUCAGAGCAACAGUACAAUAUCUAAAUAUAGAAACAAUGAUAAGAUAUCCUACUGUUAUUCUGAGGUGACGAUAUGUUAAAUGGAAAUUUGAGUUAAAAAAUAAGAUAAAUUUAAAAUAUUUCUAUUAUUUCUAAUAGAGUAGAAAAUAAUUUUUAAAGCAGAAAGUAGAUAGCAUUUUGUGAUAAACAUUGAAACCAUUUGAAAGAAAAUUCUCAAAAUGUGGUAGCUGUCCUAUAUGAAUAUUUUUUAAAUCCCAGCUGUAAAUAUAAGUUAUGCAAUUCACCCUGCUUUGCCCAACACCAAUUAGGUAUACUUCUAGCUCUUUUUCUGUCCGAAUGGAGGGAUCUUAUGGUACUUUGAAAGAGAGAAUUUGAAAUUUAAAUAUGUUCCUAAACAUUAUUGUUGAAUUUUUUUCAUGUGUAUAAUGCUUCUUGAGAGAGCCAAAAAAUUAUCAUUAAACAUAUAGAUUAAUAUAUUCCUUAAUAGAAACUUAUUGGGUCUCAUGUUUUGAUGGAAUAAAUACCUUCAAAGUUUGAAAUCCCCCCAUGUUAUUUCUUCCAACGUUGCUGAAUAAAAUAAUCUAUUUAUUUAUUACUGAGCUGUCCAUUUUGAUAGUGGGACAAGUCUAUUUUUGAAAAAAAAAAAGAAAAAAAAGACAAUGGUAAUUACAGUUAAAACUUAGCAUGAUCUUUUUAUCUAUAAUAGUAACUUAUAGCCCAAAAAAAAAAAAAAAAAAAAAUCAGAACUUAAAUAUUUGGGCGUUUUAGUUCUUGAUUAAUAAAACUGAUCAUAGAAAAGCUUUCCCUUAAAUAUCUCGCAAAAACAAAAAUGGACUUUCCCUAUUUUCAAAAUAAAUGGCUCAACUAUAGACAGAAAAAUUUAUCAUUAUUAGUGAAAACUUUUUCCUCUUGCUUUUGUGUUUUAUUAUUAUAUCCUUAUCUGUUUCAAGAAAAUAUGAAGAAAUUAUUUACCAGUGCUUACUUAUAGUAAAAUUUAC